CUUCCAGCUAUCUUGCAAACAAUCUUUGGACACUGACAGCUGAAACCAGGUCUUCACGUUCUCUUGGUCCUUUACGCAAGAGCCAUGGCUAUACCAAGCAUAACUCUCCUCAUAAGUACAUAGGGCUAUUAUGAAGGCGAGGCGCAGCGAGAGCUGCCCGCGGCCGAGCCGCAAGCCAGUCAGCGGCGCACCACCGCAGGCCGAACUCCAAGUGCUACCGGGGCCCUUGACUCCACUGUUGACACGGGCCUGCACCCUGCAAGACCUCGGGCCUGAGGACAAGCAGAAGGUCACGAAGCUCCUGAAGCAGGUGGUGGAGCUGGGCCAGGAGGUGCAGACCCUACGCCAGCAGCGUGACGAAACUGCAAAGCAAUAUUCUCAACGGGAGGAGGAGCUGAAGGAGACCCACCGCCAGCUGCAUAAAGAGCACCUUCUGCUAAAGAAGAAGCUGGGACAAGUGCUGUUGGUGCUUCGGGCGUCGCAAGCCAAGGUCCACGCGUUGGAGGCGGCGCAGCAGGCGGCAGAGCUGCCACAGAAGACCCAACCCAGCAACGACCGAUCCGGGGAGUCAGAUGCUGCGGCGCUGCCACGAGACCAGGAGGCGGAGCCGCAGGCUCAAGCGGGCCUGGGCCGUGCCGUUGGCUCCACUGCAACUGGCUGCCCCAGCAGCCCAGCACCAAAGGCUGCUAGCGCGCCAUCACUACUCCACGUGGCACCCGGCACGCACGUGAGUAUCACGAUCCACCACACUUCGGACCCGCACGCGACGUCCGCAUCAGCCUUGCAGGCACCUGGGCCGAACCCAGUCAUCGCCAUCCCCACCACCACAGCGGCCAUGCCGGCGGCUACGGUUGAGGACCAGUGCGCCAGUGGGCACGAUGCGGGGCCUUCCAACCCAGAUGGUUCAAUGUGCAGCAGCCAUUCACCGACGGCGAUGCACACAUGGCGUACAGGGGUGGGUGCAGGGGUGGUGGCAGCCAGCGAGGGCUGCUUGGGUGUAACCAGCAGCUGCUGUAUGGCGAACGCGGGCUGGCCGUGCGUGUCACGCUUGUCUACGGCGUCCUCCAGCGCAGUGGGAGCCGGCCCAGCAGGGGCUGGAGCCGGCGGCAGCAGGGCUCGCGCUGGACCGCGCAGCAUCCAGGUCAACUCCAGUAUGCAGCACUUUGAGGCAGUGCCCGUGGACGAGGUGCUGCUGGAAAGCCCAACGGGCCAGGUGGGCUCACCCAUGAUUGUGCCGCCGAGCGAGGAUGUCGUGGCCGCUGCGUCCAGUUUGCUUGGUUGGCAGGCGCAGCAGGGCUUCAUGUCGGCCGAUGAGGCGACCAGCACCCUGCGCCCCGUUCCCGGGCCGGGCGAUGACGCGCCGGUCUGCAGCGCCGGCUCAGGAGCAGCAGCAGCACGCGGCCGUGCUGUUAGCAGCCACGCCAACGUCGGCAGCGGCAGCGGGGCCAUGGCACGCAAGGUGCUGAGCUACGACCCGGCCAUCGGAAAGAACGGCGCCUUCUACUUCGUAGACGUGGACAGCCCACCGGCGUCGGACGUGCUGCCUGCAGGGCGACCGCCCAUACACAACAAGGCGGGCGCGGGCAGGGUCAUCGAGCACGCCCAGCUACAGGGCGCCCUGUGUACGCCAAGCAGCGCGACAAGCAGCAUGACGCUGGGUGCUGGCGGGACAACGCGGGAUCCAGCAACCUCGGGAGGUGCGGCGGCGCAACCCACUGUCCGACCCCAUGCCGAGCCGAGGCGCGCCGUGGCGGAGCCUGCCAGCACAUGGCAGCCACCGGCGGCUCAGCGAGCGCAUGGCCAAGCGAUACCCUUGACUGCACGGCCUGCGUCAGCUGGGCCUGCAGCCAUUGGAGGCUCAUCCGGAGUUCAGGAGCCGCUGCAGUCGGUGCAUGCCGCGGACGCAACGGCAGCAGUCCCGACAGUAAAGGCGGCCUCCUGCCCUGAGCCCAGCUUCUGCGCUAGCGCCGCUCCGCCCGGAUCUGCAGGUGCAGGCAUGCAUGCAGGACACGCGUCUACCUUGCACAUGGUGGCGCUGGGAAGGGCCAUGGGACAAGGACACGGCCAGGAGCUGCAGCAGCCGCUGCCAACGGUUCUGCAGCCACCGCAGUCUGUAGCACCGUUCAGCCCAUACAGCUACGCCGCCAGCGACAGCACAGCGGCCGUAACACCGCUGGCGCCUCUGCACGCCGCGGCCUUGGCGCUGGCGCGAGCUGGCGCUGGUAACGGGCGGCUUGCUGCCGGCAGCUGCAACAGUAUUACCGGCGUCAAGCACGCGCCUCACGCAGGCGCCGGCAGCAGACGCGCUGGUGUGGGUUUUGCGGAGACGCCGGGCAGCGCUACAGGCAGCCUUUACCGGAUGGCGGGCAUGCUAGAAGACCUGGCUCGGCAGCAGCACUGGGACAUGCAGCCACCGCCCGGGGUAGCGCCUGCGCAGCCGCUGAUGCCGGCGGCUUCUCCAAAGCCGGGAGCCGCUCAGGAGCAGCAACAGCAGCAGGCGGUGGGGAUGGCCGGAGGGCCUCAGGCGGUGGCUGCUUGGCUCGAGGAGAAUGCGGGGUCAGCUUCCUCGGUGGGCGGCAGCUGUAUCACGGACCGGUACGACGAGUCUCUGGUGGACAUCCUGUCCCAGGCUGACGAGGAUCUGGAGCAGGAGCACCGGCAACAACAACGGCAGCAGCAGAGACUGAAGCAGCAACAGGACCAGGCAGCCAAGCUCGGCCGGCAGCGUGGGCAGCGCGGCGGGCCCGCAAGCUACGCAUACGCUGGAGGUCAGCAGCAGCAUGGCCCGCGUGCUGCUGUGGCUGGAAUAGCUGCAGAUUUGCCGGUACCACGGCCACAGAAGGUCUCCAUUGACGCCCUGCUGGCAGCAAACAUAUUCGAGGAGAACGACGUGCUGAGCGCCAUUUUGGAGCAGGAGCGCUGAGGCGGCUGAGGAGCGCUGAGGUGGCAAGCUCCCUAAGAUGACAGGAUGGCGUCAGUCGCGGAACGGGAAACGCCACGGAGCCGGUAUUGGUAUCGCGCUAGGAGCGGCUGCAAUAAUAUGUCCGGCGUGCAUAAAACUGUGAGCUCAUGACGUAUGGUUUCUGCUUGGCGCUGAAAUUUGCGCAAGCUACGGCACAUUCCGCCCUUUGGGGAAGCGGUUCGCGCCGCGCGGAUACUCAUCCUACUGUAUGUCGCAUUCUUACUCAUCUUGGACAUAUAACAUAUUGAAAAGCUUGCAUCCACUCGGUAGCGGCAGAGCCGAGACCAAGUUCGGGGCCUUCGUGCGGGCAUCCCAGUAGCUCUUUUUCUGCAGAGUGCUCGUUUACUUAUCGCGCUUGCUUAAAGGACUCGUACUGAAAGCAGUAAUACUUUCCAUUGGCUCGGCGCUACACAACGGGGCACUGAGUUGAGUUGCGCUAUCUGCCGUGCCCGCAGCGACCCAACAAGUGUAAAGCUCCUUGCGC